AUAAUUUAUGCAGGAGAUGAGGAAUCAUUUCAAAAAUUAUUGAAUGAAGAAGCAGACUUUAUUCUUGAGGCUGGGAUCACAAAAGUAAACUGGAAGUUAGAAGACAAGGAUCAACUAGCAACUCUCUUGUGUAAAAGUCAUGUCAUAUACAAAGCUAAGGCUGCAAUUGAUCAGUUUUUGGAAGGUCUUGCAUCAACAGGUUUUCUAAAAUACAUCAAAGAAAAUCCAUAUUCCCUUAAGGAAAUUUUCUGUGUGUCAAAUUCUGAUGUUUUAAAGGUUUCUGCUUUUAGGACAUUGCUUCAUGCUCAUUUGACCAAUCCAGGGYCAAAUGAUGAUAAUAAAGCAAGAGAAGAAGAAGAAGCUACUAUGUUGUGGUGGGAGGAGUUUUUAGACAAUAUUGAAAAUUCUGAUCACAAGGGUCUCUUGAUUCAGCUCUUAAUCUUUAUCACUGGAGCUAAUAAAAUCCCAAUAUUGGGUUUUCACAAGGCUAUUGAUAUUUACUUUUACCAGUAUGAAUCAGGUGUAAAGCGAUUCCCAACAGCAUCUACAUGUGCUUUGACAUUGUACUUGCCAAGAGGAAUCCAGUCAUAUGAUGAAUUUCAUGAUCUUAUUGUUCAAGCAAUCAAAGAAGGUAGUUAUGGAUUUGGCUGCAUCUAA